AUGGAGCCUCGCGUGGGGAACAAAUUCAGUCUCGGUCGCAAGAUCGGGGGUGGAUCCUUCGGAGAGAUUUACCUAGGUCCGCCCCUUUCUCAAAUCAAUCUCACCAGUCUACCCUCUACUCAUGCCUUCUUUGAAGAGCCUGGUUUUGUGCCCACUUGGUUUGUGCAGGGACAAAUAUACAGACGAACGAAGAUGUCGCCAUUAAGCUCGUAAGUUCCUCUUCUUUUGGCCCAUUUUUUGCUCUUUAGUUUGCUAUUUUCGUAGUGAAAUUGAUGGAUAUUGCCUCCGGGCCAUGAUCAUCCUUUUUCCUGAAUUUAAAAUGCUGAUUAUUAAUUGGGUCUUUGGCUGGAGUGAUUUCCUUUUUCUCUUCUUGUUCUUUUUUUUUAAGGUUGGCUACUAAGAAUAGCAAAGCCCGAAAAAUAUUUUCAUAUCUAAUCUCAUUUAAUCCGAAGGAUCAUUUUAUUUGUUUUACGGAAUUGCGAUCUUGUUGCAAUAACUUUGCCGGUAGAUGGUACUGGUUAAGAUGGAUCUUGUGAGCCUUUUUCAUUUCCUGAACUCUGGGCGCUGAAAGAACAAGUGAAUUUAUUACUGACAUUCCAUUCCCCUGGGAGGUCCGUUGUAUCGUUUAUCUGGCAUUCAACUCGUGUUCUUGUGUAAACCCUCUGUUUCUCAUGCUGUUCGUCCUCAGAUUCCUCAGCCAUAACGACUGGAUUGUGUCCUUUUCUUCCCCUUCUUUUUCUUCAGGAGAACGCCAAGACCAAGCAUCCUCAACUGUUGUAUGAGUGGAAACUGUACAGAAUCCUGCAAGGAGGAAGUAAUAAACUAGUGGAACGAUUAUGCUAGAUGUUUCUUUUUCUUGGUUAAUUUCUGAUCAUGGGAAACAUUCCUCGAUUGUUCGCAGCCGGAAUUCCAAAUGUUAGAUGGUACGGGGUUGAAGGUGAUUACAAUGUUCUCGUGAUGGAUUUGCUGGGGCCAAGUCUUGAGGACCUCUUUAACUUCUGCAGUAGAAAGCUAACUCUCAAGACUGUGCUAAUGCUUGCGGAUCAAAUGGUAGGCAGAAAUUCCUUGAUGCACUCCUUGUACAUCGUCGUUUUAAAGAUUCUUUCAUACGUUGGUAUACUCAUUUUUCAUUCACUCGAUCACAUGUUAUGGCCUCUUCCUAUUUCAACCAGAUCAACAGAAUAGAAUAUGUUCAUUCUAAAUCCUUUCUACACCGAGACAUCAAGCCAGAUAAUUUUCUAAUGGGCUUGGGGAGGCGUGCAAAUCAGGUCAUAUUUUUGAUAACUCUGUUGCUGUUCGGGUUGAUGUUUUCUUUCAUAUAAUCUCUGAUUCACAUUCGUGAGAUGUUUUAUUCUCUAAAUAGGUAUACAUUAUUGACUUUGGCCUAGCCAAGAAGUACAGGGAGACUUCAACCCAUCAGCACAUCCCAUAUAAGUAAGCAGUAAAAUUUAGCGUCUAAUUUGUGCCUUUAUUUUUCGUUAAUUUUUUUGGUACCAAAAGGUAAUGCAUGGCUUUAUGUUGAAUGACCCGCUGCCGAUUAUUAUUCCUUAAAUUGUGAUUUAUAUUUUCUCUUUCAUUCCUAGAUUUAGUUACCAUCUGAACGUAGUAUAUCGUGUAGGUGUGAAUUAUGAUCUUGGAUUUUCAUAAAAUAAUAUCAAUCAGCAUUCGUUCAAAUAUAUUAUAAAACCUUUAGAUAUCCUUCUCGAUAUAUUUUUUUUUUAUCUCCAGGAUAGUUUAUCCCUUAGAAAACAUGGGAAUUGGUGCUCUCAUUGCUCAGAUCUUUAUCUGCGCCAAUACUUAUAUACAACUUCUGAGUUAUUGUACCCAGAGAGUUUCCUAAAGUGGUCCUAUCUUUAGAUUUGCGCCUCACGUGAUCUUGAAAUGUUGAGAGACAAUAUACAGGUUGUUCACGAAUAUAUGGGCAUCGCUCAAUUUCGGUGCAUCAGUGCUUACCUUUACAUGGUGCGUUUAUGAAGUAUUAUUGGCCUCUUGGGGUUUCAAAAGCUGUAGCAAACAUUUGAAACUGAAGUGCGCUGCGCAGCAAUUAUUUCACUGAAAAAUGUUGAAUUGAUUGUUGUCUUUGUUCCUUUCUUCCUGGUAGUAUUUCUUGCUUUUACUUCAUUAAUGAUCGUGACGUGACUUAGAGAGUGGACGAAAGAGUGAUGCAUGGGGUUCUUUAUUUCAUUUGCUUGUGCACAUUUCAUUUUCUGCAUACUGGAGAUAUCGGUGUUUCAUGAUCUGUUAUUUUCUCGUCACUCCUCAUCCAUUUUCCUUGAGGAUUUUGUACAAGUUCCAUAAAAUUCAGAUUCAACAAUGUCAGGACGUGUGGUGGAUCAUUCUUCUCAGUCAUGUACUUGUCUCUAUUGUCUAUAGACAGAAGCCCCAGGGAGCUUGUGGGGUUUAUCAGAAACGCUUGUCAUCGAUUUUUUUUCUCUCUCACGCAGAAAUGGUUUUAUCUUGUUGGUUUUUCAAAGUAACGCCAAUGUUUAGUGGAAGAGCUUUUCUUGUCAAUCAUACCUUACAGGUGAAUUGGGAAUGAAUCUGUUGCCAUUGUGGAUAUGAUUAAUGGCAUUGUUUUUAAAUGACAUUAUCAUCUCUGCCAUACGUUAAUUGGCAUUUUUUUUCACAAAACUGUGCUGAAAAUGUAACUCUCGACUCAAAACUACAAGGAACUACAAGCAUGCAUUAGGAAACGGGUUAUCUUAGGCUUGGCUUUGCCCCUGCAGUUCAUUCCUUCAUCUAUAUUUAGGCUUAAUACAUAAAAAUGUUUCCUAUCACUGGUUUGGUGAAGUGACAGAAUCUGCAGUUAUCUCAUCUUCAUGUGAGCUUUAUUUCUCUAGUACGAUCUAGUGGGGUUGCUAUUUUAGUAUAAUAUCACCUAAGGGGGGCAGAGGCUGCUGCAUAGAUGCACAGAUGCCUGUUAUGGACAGCUUUGUUUCAAGGUGGAUACUUAUCGAAGCCAAUAGCCCACAUCAUGAGGAGGUUGAGAGAGGAGGAGCCGCGGCUCAGAAAAAAAUAAACAAUAAAAAUAAAAAUAAAAAUAAAAAUAAAAAUAAAAAUAAAAAUAAAAAUAAAAAUAAAAAUAAAAAUAAAAAUAAAAAUAAAAAGGGUUGCGUUUGUGUUUCAUUCAUCCCAAUCAGAGUCCAUAUCUCAUCAUUUGGUGUUAUCUUGGGUACUGUUCUACAGAUCACGUGAUUGUCUGAUUUAUAUUCCCUCCAGGGAACCUUGGGCUUCAAGCAGGGAGGGCACCUGUAGAUGCCCCCUUUCUGUUGUCAUUCUUUCUGGUUACUGGCCAAUGCCAUGUUAUUUGCAUGAUUUUUGAGUGAUAGCAGUGCGCUAUUUCCGUCUUUCAUUUUUCUCUCAAGUAGGAUUACUUGCUGGCUGACCUUGUGCCAACAUUCCCUCGAAUAUACAGAGAAAAUAAAAGCUUGACCGGGACAGCAAGAUAUGCCAGCGUGAAUACUCAUCUUGGCAUUGGUAAGUAUCGCCUAGAUCAUUGCCCUGGAGAUAUUAUUGUCCGUGGAUGGUAUGCUGCUCCAUGGAUCCAUACAUCACUAACCAGCUUUUCUUGGGAUUCCAAGAACAAAGCAGGAGGGAUGAUUUAGAAUCUCUUGGCUAUGUCCUCAUGUAUUUCCUGAGAGGAAGGUUUGCAAGAGCUCUUACUCCGAUUAUUAUAAAAUUUCAUUUUUAUUUAUUUAUUUAUUUAUGUGACCGUUUCUAACUUUUAAUUCUGUGUCUAGUCUUCCCUGGCAGGGAUUAAAAGCGGGAAAUAAAAAACAGAAAUAUGAAAAGAUCAGUGAACGCAAAGUGUCCACACCGUUUGAUGUGAGGCUCUAACAAUUUUUCUGUCCUACUUGAUUCAUCACUGCCUAAAUCUCUGUCAUCACAUGUCUACAGGUCCUGUGUCGCGGAUAUCCUGCAGAAUUCGCAUCGUAUUUUCAUUACUGCCGCUCUCUGCGUUUUGAUGACAAGCCAGAUUAUGCUUACUUGAAGAGGAUAUUUCGUGAUCUGUUCAUCAGAGAAGGUAUGCCAUAGAACAGACUUGUCUGAGAUGGCUUAUACUCAUCCAUAUCCGACGACAUUGGUGCCAUGUCUUCAUCAAACGAAUUUGGGAUCUCGGGGCUCAGAUAAUCAGUAAGUUCAAAUGCUUUUUUUCCUCAGGAUUCCAGUUUGACUAUGUGUUUGACUGGACAAUCUUGAAGUACCAGCGAUCUCAGAUGACCAACAAGCCUUCAAGAUCUCUCGUAAGUGUAUCUUCAUGGCUAAACCCACCAGGUCAGUUGUCGGAGAACUUGCACGCUUGUUUGAUCAUCUUUCUCCCUUACUUCUCAAGGGUAUUGACGGUGCUGGACCAAGCUCUGGGUUGACUCCCCCCGUUGCGAAUGCAGAGAGACAGUCAGGUAGUCUUUUCUGCACUGUCUUUGUUUUGCAUCGUCCUCUGAAUCCACCAUGAACUGAAAAUUGCCCCUUUUUUUUUUUUUUUUUCUUUUUUUAGUGCUUAAAAUCGAAUCUUGACAAUUCGAAGUUGACCUAAAUCAUCAAAUAUGCAAACAUGAUCUGGUCGUCAUAUGCCUAUAAGAUUCUGCGAUGGUUAACUUAGCUUAUUAAAAAAAAGAAAAAACUCUGAUGCCUUCCAAUCAAUGCAGCUUGAUUGGCACUGCUCUCCCUCUCCCUCUCCAUCUCUCAAUGUGAUAUGAUUAAUCCUUUGGGAUUUUUUUUUUUAAUAAUAUAUAUUGAUUCAGUCAGGAGAAUGAAAUGUUGGAGGAAUUGUGGAAAAAAAAAGUAAAAAAAAAAACUGAGGGGGAUCGUGUUUGCUUUCUACUAAAUUAAACCGUUGGGCAUAGCCAAAAUGCCAGAUCCUCUUUACUGUUCAGCAGAGUUUUUAAACGGCCCGGAUGCAUUUCAGGCGGUGAAGAAGGAAGGAUAUCUGGUUGGUCUGCGGUGGACUCCUCUCGUCGUCGGUCCUCCAUGCCUACUUCUGCAAACGCAGUAAGGCAGAAGCCGGUGAUUGCAAACGAUACGACCGCUACGAAGGAGGCUAUGGUGAGUCGUUGACUUCUUUUAUCCUCUUCCGUCUCCGACAAGAACUCAUAAUCUGUUUCAUGGGAAUCCUCGGCGAAUUUUUCUAGAACCAUCGGAAAUCGUAACUCUUUGAAAGAACUAUUAUAGAACGGUGAUGGGGACAGCAGCUUAUCCAGAACAUCAACCCAUCUCUUUGAUGGGUAGUAUCACAUCCCUUCAGUGGUUCCUGGUUGGGUAGAAAAAUCGUUCCUUUACUCAAAAGGGUAGCUGCAGAAGCGAUGUGUUCAUGCUCGCCUCGUUUGAAAACCCUAAAUCUGUGAAUGAAUGAUUCGGGAUCACUGCGUCUGAUGUUCUUGGUGUCGCUUGAGAAGGAUGGCUUAUUAUUCUCAAUCUUCUGACUUCCGUUUCUUCGAUAGAUCUUUCCAAUUCCUGACCGGGAUGUGGAUGAACUCGUUGUAGCCGUCCAGUUCAACAGUUUUGGGGCGAUCCGGUGGAUCCUCGAAGCGUGCUGCUGCUGUGUCUAGCAGCCGAGAAGCCCCCGCCGGCGGCGAAGUCGACCUCUCCCGCCUCCGCCCCGCCGAGGCGAGCCCCGGAGGGUUCCGCAGGUUUUCCGGCGCCCAGAUGAGCCCCCCUGUCGCCUCUGCUGAGCCCAAGAAUUCAUCUUCUUCUGGUAGGCUUCCCUCCCAUUCGAGGACCUUCGAAUCCGCCCUCAAAGGCAUCGAGUCCCUCAACGUCGCCGGCGAGGAUCAGUUGCGGCAUUAA